AUUACAUUAUAAGUUUACUAUAUUUGUAAUUCAAUAUUUUCUUAUAUUAUGCAUCCAAUCUUUGUUUUUUCUUUUCAUUAGCCUAUAGGAGAUACUAUAAAUAUUGUAUCUACGAGGUGCAGUAUGCAACAGCAUGGAUUACAAGAGGCAAAUACAAAUGAGGGGAGCAUGGUAGAAUCUUUACGGUAUCAACAAGAAACUUUUAUCCAACCAUGUUAUUCUAUGCCAAUAAGUGUGAUAGAAUCUUUGCAAUCUCAACAAAGCAACUUUGUGCAACCAUAUCAUCCUACACCGUUUGUGAAUUUGGAUGUUAAUCAACAAAAUUAUGGCCAGCUAUGCACUUUCAGUUCCACGAACAUGACCGGCUUGCUCAAGGCACAAGAAUUACAUGGUUUCGAAGGAGCGAAAAUAAAUCAGUUCGAGUUGAAUGACAACUCUUGCACUAUGGGACAAGAAGUUGGAGUUGAUUGCAAUGAUAGGUGUGGUUGUCCAGUUCCAUGCAUCAAUGAUAUUUCGUGCAAGUGUUCAAGUGGACAAAAGACCUGAAAAUUUGACAGAAAUUGACA